UCUACAAUCCGCUGACAAACAAUUGGCAUGCCGUGGCAUCAAUGUACAAUCCAAGCAGCAACUUUGGCAUUGAGGUUGGUGGUUUUGAUGGAACCAGUUAUUUGCGGAGUACAGAGGUCUACAAUCCGCUGACAAACAAUUGGCAUGCCGUGGCAUCAAUGUACAAUCCAAGCAGCAACUUUGGCAUUGAGGUUGGUGGUUUUGAUGGAACCAGUUAUUUGCGGAGUACAGAGGUCUACAAUCCGCUGACAAACAAUUGGCAUGCCGUGGCAUCAAUGUACAAUCCAAGCAGCAACUUUGGCAUUGAGGUUGGUGGUUUUGAUGGAACCAGUUAUUUGCGGAGUACAGAGGUCUACAAUCCGCUGACAAACAAUUGGCAUGCCGUGGCAUCAAUGUACAAUCCAAGCAGCAACUUUGGCAUUGAGGUUGGUGGUUUUGAUGGAACCAGUUAUUUGCGGAGUACAGAGGUCUACAAUCCGCUGACAAACAAUUGGCAUGCCGUGGCAUCAAUGUACAAUCCAAGCAGCAACUUUGGCAUUGAGGUUGGUGGUUUUGAUGGAACCAGUUAUUUGCGGAGUACAGAGGUCUACAAUCCGCUGACAAACAAUUGGCAUGCCGUGGCAUCAAUGUACAAUCCAAGCAGCAACUUUGGCAUUGAGGUUGGUGGUUUUGAUGGAACCAGUUAUUUGCGGAGUACAGAGGUCUACAAUCCGCUGACAAACAAUUGGCAUGCCGUGGCAUCAAUGUACAAUCCAAGCAGCAACUUUGGCAUUGAGGUUGGUGGUUUUGAUGGAACCAGUUAUUUGCGGAGUACAGAGGUCUACAAUCCGCUGACAAACAAUUGGCAUGCCGUGGCAUCAAUGUACAAUCCAAGCAGCAACUUUGGCAUUGAGGUUGGUGGUUUUGAUGGAACCAGUUAUUUGCGGAGUACAGAGGUCUACAAUCCGCUGACAAACAAUUGGCAUGCCGUGGCAUCAAUGUACAAUCCAAGCAGCAACUUUGGCAUUGAGGUAGUUAAUGGUCGGUUGUUUGCUGUCGGAGGGUUAAUAAGCCCUCUGGAAUAA